AUGGCGAUGAGAGCCCGCGCUCUGUACGACUUCCGGGCGGAGAACCCGGGUGAGGUAUCCCUGCGGGAGUCGGAGGUGCUGAGCCUGUGCAGCGACCAGGACAUCGAGGGCUGGCUGGAGGGAGUGAACAGCCGAGGGGAGCGGGGACUCUUCCCGGCCUCGUAUGUGGAGGUCCUCCGUGGAGAAGCUCUGAGCCCCCCGCCGCCCCCUCCACCUACCGACACCCGGUAUGCCAAUCUUCCCCCCGGGGGGUACGAGCCGGCCCAGCCUCCCCCCAAUUACCGGGCACAGGAGUCCUUCCAGGCAUUCCCCCGCCCCACCGCCCUCCCAUACCAGCAUAGCCAGCCCAGCGAUGACGAUUGGGACGACGAAUGGGACGACAGCAGCUCCACUGCCGCCGACGAGCCUGGUGGUACCCCAACCCCUGGUUACUACGGAGGCGGUUUCCAUGACUACGAGAGCAGCCGGUACCGCAUUUCCACCCGUUCCGAGAUCCCCCCCGGCUCCUACAACACCACCAGUUCCACCGCCUCUUCUGCCGCCAAGGGAACGGCCACCGUCAGCCGCCGCACCUCAACCGCUUCUCGGCUUCGUGAAAAGCGGCGGCGAGGCGUUCGUUUUGGGCGAGGCGGCAGGCUUUGUGAGAGAUGGUGACAAGCUGUGUGUGGUGCACGGUCCACAUGGGCCUGAGUGGCAGGAGAACCCCUACCCGUUCCCAUUGUACCAUCGAUGAGCCCACCAAGCAGACCAAGUUCAAGGGGAUGAAGAGCUACAUCUCCUACCGCCUACUACCCAGCCACACCAACCAGCAAGUCCAUCGCCGAUACAAGCACUUCGACUGGCUCUACGCCCGGCUGCUGGAGAAAUUCCCCGUUAUCUCUGUGCCACGCAUCCCAGAGAAACAAGCCACCGGCCGCUUUGAGGAGGACUUCAUCUCCAAGCGCAGGAAAGGCCUGGUAUGGUGGAUGGACCAUAUGUGCAGUCACCCGAUACUGUCUCGCUGCGACGCCUUCCAGCAUUUCCUCACCUGCACGGAUGAGAAGGCCUGGAAACAGGGCAAGAGGAAGUGCGAGAAGGACGAGAUGGUGGGGGCCAACUUCUUCCUCACCCUCACCACCAUGCCGGGAUCUCCGGUUUUGGAGCCCCAAGAGGUUGACGGAAAACUGGACGCCUUCAAGGCUUUCGCGAAGAGGAUGGAUGAAGGCGUUCUUCUGCUCAACCAAACUGCUGGAGAGUUUGCCCGUAAGCAAGCUUCGGGCUUCAAGAAGGAGUACCAGAAAGUUGGACUGGCUUUUAAAGGUUUGGGCCAAGCCUUUGAGAUUGACCAACAGCCCUUUUCAGCCGGUCUGAACAAGGCGAUGUCCUUCACAGCGGAUGCCUACGAUGUCAUUGGGGAGAUGUUUGCUGAGCAGCCCCGUCAGGACCUGGAUCCAAUUAUGGACUUGCUGGCAGUCUACCAGGGUCACCUAGCCAACUUCCCGGACAUCAUCCACGUUCAGAGAGGUAACCAA